AGCCUUCCUCCUCGAUCUUUAUUCUCUCUCGCCAUGAAGAAGACAAUCUCCAAGGUUUCCAAGAUCUUCAACGGCACAAAGAAAUCCAAGGAGGACGAGAAUGUUUCCUCCAUCACUCCUGCGCAAUUGGGGGAGAUGAGGGGAGUCAUUCCUCCUGAUUAUGGCGUCCAGGAAGCCACGGGUACUACUUUGGAGCGCAAUCCUGACAUCUCCCGCCAAUUGGUCGUCCACUACGACUCUGUUAGGAUGGGAUGUCGCUUACCUCUUCAUCCCCUCUUGAUUGAGCUUUGCAACCGCUACGCCAUUCCUCCCGGCCAGAUUUCCUCGAACUCCCACGAGAGUCUUUUUGGCUUCUUGGCGCGGUGUCACAAGAGAGGCAUCCAACCCACUCUGAAGCUCUUCCACUCUUUCUUCCGUCCACACAAGUACGACAGUGAGUUGGGCCGGGGGUACGUGAGUUUCACAGCCCGGACCGAUAUGCAGUUUUUGGACAGCCCUGUUGACAAACUUGAUGACUGGUUCCGCCGCUUCUUUGUGGUGGUAGUCCCGGAGAACCUCCCCUUCCCCCAUGUGUCUCCCGAUACUCCUCUUCAAGAGCCGUCGGGAAACACGACUUCCUCUUGGGUUCCUCCUUUCAGGAGCACUCGACUCCGCCGGCGAUCUUCUCGAAGGGAUCCUUCCCCGGAGGAGGACACCGAUGGCGAAGAGGCUGGGUCCGUGACUGGGACCCAACCUAUGCUACUUGCUGACCGCCCUCAUCUUUCGGAAGAGGUGGUGGUCGAGGACGCGUCCGACGAUGAUGGCCUCUAUGACUUCCCUCCGGGGACCUUGAGGGGAUCCGGUCUUAUCCCCGGUGUUCCCCAUAUUCCUCUUUUUGGCAGGGGGACUUCUCCUUCUGCUCAGUUCAUGGGCCCGUUGGGUUUCCAUCCUCAACCCAGUGGGACCCUGCCCAUUGGGCGCGCCACCGGUUCACAAGGGUCCCUUGAACCGCCACAUGUCCAGGUGGCCGGGAUUGGGAUUCCGUGCAGCACUGAAUCUCCAUGGGAAUAUUCCCCCUCCUCCGGCUGUGGGGGGAAUGAGGCAAUUUCCCAGCCCCAACCGUCCACCGCUCUAAAUUUUGCAGAGUCAGCGGCGGAGAGUAUUUUUGGGACGCCCCUUGGUCAGGGCGGUAUUCCUCUCCCUGGAGCAAAUAUCCAUCGAUCUUUUAGGGAGACGGAGGAGUUAAUUCGGUCCUCCAGUUUUGGGAAGGCUAUUGUCCCCUCAUCCGUCCGUCCCACUGUUGUUCACGGUCCAUCAACUCAGGAGACCGGGUCUUCUUCUUCUUCCCAGGCCCAUCACAAGAGGGGCCGGAAUUCCACUCCUCUCCCAGGCUCUUUGGUGUCCGCUGAUCACCUCUUUGGGACCGCUGGCGAUGGGUCUCCUACCGGGCAAGGGAGUCAGCCUUUUCCCUAUGCCCGGGAGGUCUAUCAGUACACAGGGUACACGGCUUGGGUUGGACGGGAUUUCAACAGCAAGCUUCAAGAGAUACAACAGCUUAAAAGGGACCAUCCAGAUGUGAUUCACAGCCCAGUCUGGCCGUUUAUGCAGGAGGAGUAUACUCGUAUGCGCCACUCUCUUCGCCUGUUGGACCGCAAUGCUGCUUUAUCAAAGGAGCUGCGGGAUUUCAAAUCUCGGCACUCUAUUUGUGUCGAGCGCCCGGAAUACGAUCGGGUUUUGUCGGAGAACGACCAGCUCUACUCUGACCGCGAGCGGCUUUCGGCCAAGGUUGGACAGCGUGAGGAAUCUCUGAGGAGGGACUUGGAGCGGCAAGCCAGAGAGCGUGAAUUGCAAGUUCGAGAGGAGGCCGAACUUCACCGGAAGAGAUCCGAGGAAGAGCUGGAGCGAACGUGGCGUCGCCGAUCCGAGGAAGAGGCAAGGAGGGCGGCGGAAGAGGUUGAGCAGAGGUGGCGUCUCCAGCAUGAAGAAACCGAACGUCGACUCUCUCAACGGGUUGACGAGCUAAACCUAACCCUUAUGGAGGAGAGGCGUUCAGCCCGGAGUUCGCUUGAUGAGGCCCGCCGCUCACUCGAGAAUGAACGUCUUACAUAUAAGGGACAUAUGGCUCGAAUGGAGGCCGAUUACAUCUCCGAUUACGGUAGAGGUUUCUAUCGUGGAGGAUUGGAGGUCCAACAGAAGUUUUAUCAUGGCCUAGAGCCCUAUUCUGAUGGGCAAGAUCCUUGGCUGAAGUUCCCAGGCAUCCCAGGACCCAUGGGACCAGAGCCCUCUUUUCUCCACUCCCCUCCCCCAUCUUGAAUCACUGCCAUUUGUUUAGGAACGGUCCUCCUGUGUUCUUGUAUUAAUUUCUGCUCAUCAUUGUAAGGACUUGCCCGU